GCUGCGUGAUCUGGAAGGAAGCUCUAACCACAUGAGAAUCUGUUUAAGAAAUCAAUGAACAUGAAUUACACAAAUAAAGAUCUGCUGUUUUAAGAUUAGGCUUCAGUCUCAAAAGGAUUCUGUGGACCAAGCUGGUGUGUAAUGUCAGCAUGGAUUUGAGCCAGUUCAGUCAGUACAGAAGUCAAGCUGCUUUUGUGGUGACUUUCUUCAUCUUAAAUGCAGUCCUAUGGACAGACUCAUCCCAGGAGGUCACAGCAGUGAAAGGACAAACAAUACAAAUCGAGUGUUUCCACAUCAAUUCCACAGAAGGCAUGGCUAUAACUUUAAAAAGAAAAACUAAACUGUGCUACAUGAUGUAUGGAAACCACAGCUGGUGGAUAAACCGAUGUAAUGAACGUGUCAUUCUCUUCUGGAAUAAUAAGACAAACACAGUAUCUUUUACGAUAAAAGAUUCUCUGAUUAAUGAUUCGGACACUUACACCUGUACACUGGAGAAAAUUAUACCACCACCUGCCACAGUGGCAACUCAGAAAAGCAUAAAUCUAAAAGUAAUAGUCCAGCCAAAUAUCUCACUGUCCAAAACCCAGCAGCACAGUGGAAACACCCUGCUGGUCUGCACUGCACAGGGGUUUUGCUCUGCGGAAAUUGACCAGUUCUGGUUCAGAGAAGGACAGCCGAUCACCAACACAACCUCACACAGAAAUUUGACUAACAACACUGAUGGCUCCUUCACCCUGACAAGCUACUUGUCUGUGUCUGGGCCAGAGAGUGGAGAAGUUUUAUAUAACUGCUGGGUUAACCACUCCUUUCUCAAAACUCCAGUCACUGUCAAUAUUACUCUCUUCAGCCAUAAACCAGAAAGUCCACAAGAUAUCACGUUGCCUCUGACUGUAACUGGACCAAUUGUGUUUGUAUUUCUGUCCAUUAUUGUUCUUAUCUGCCUAAAACAGAGCACAAGCCUGAAAAGAGCGUUACAGCCUUCCUCUGUGAAUCCCAGUGAGGAAAGGGAUAUUCCUCUUCCUGAAACUCCUGAAGGAGUCGACGAGAGUCCUUUAUACUCGAAGCUUGGAGAGCAUUGCCCUGUCAACUGUCGAGAGUUUGAGUGACAGUACGUUCCAAUCCCACUUGUGGGACAUCAGAAACACUUUCAGUGAAGUUGUCUAAUGCAGAAGAGCCGGGAUAAAUGCCCAUCCAGCCAAUAUCCAGAGCCGAAUCAUCCUGUAGAGGGUUUGAGAUCACAAGGCAUGAAGAGGAUUACACUGGACAGGAUCUACUGUAGGUGCCAUUUUCUUGGAAGGAGGAUAGAAAAUGGAUCACCUGGAGAAUCCCCCCCACACACAAAAUUUGGGAGACUAGAAUACCAUACAGAAAGUGCCUUAGGCCUUCUGGAUACAAGUCAGGAACUAAGGAUCCUAGGGUUCUGAAGCAGCAGAUAGAACUGCCAUGCCAAUUCACACCACCCUAAAAGACAAUGUUUUCUGAAUUUAAUCUGCUGCAGUUACCUGCUGUAUUGCUAUUUUUCUAUCUGUGAUAUUGCUCUUUGCCUUGCACUGUGCCCUCUUUGCACAGUGAAUGAAAUUACAUUUCAAUAUACAGUAGCUGAAACCGUGAAAAAUAAAUUUACGACAAGAUAUCUUCACCUAACUUGCUCCACAGUCUGGAGAUUCUGCGGUGCCACGUUGUUGAGUUUGUUGGAAUUGGUGAAGAAUUAAAAUGGUUGCACAUGCACUUGUAGCAGGGGUAUAAUGGUUGCACUGAGCCCUGUUAUAUACUACUGGGGCAGUUACCUGUCAUUAAUGAGGCCCUUUGGGCAGUUGAAGUUCACCUAAUUAUUGUUUAUCCUCAAUAGUACAAUGUUGUUCUUUGAUAUGAGACAAAGUAAUUGGCUGGUAUCUGAUAGAGCUUAUACUCCCCAAGCAAUGAAGAGUCAAGUGGAGAAAUUAAUGAUUAUUAUUCUGCAAUAAAACUUUGUCCAUGAACUUCAUUUCCUUCCCUGUUGCCCAGAGGUAAUUAAUAUGUUUUAAUGACCUUCCAGUUACUGUA